UGAGGGUGGGGUGGGGAGGGGCCCGGGAUGUCGCGCUCGGGCGAGUCGACUCGGAAGUCCACUUCCGGGCUCGGGCUCGGUCUCGACCCGGAUCGGCUCCGCGAAGCCCUCAGCUUGGAUGGGAACAAGCCCGAUUCCCGCGCGCUCCCCGACCUCGGCUCCCCCGUUUCCCCGCUCCGCGCCUCGGGCCCCGCCCACACCAGCAGCAGCUCCAGCUCCUCCGGCUCCUUCACCGGAAAACCCGCCGCCGCAUCCGCCUCCGCCUCCGGCGGCGGCGCCGGGCGGCGGAGCCACUCCGGGGAGCUCUCGGGGUCCGGCGAGAACAGCCCCACCGCGGCGGAGGGCCGGAGCUUCCGCCCGGGGCACCGCCGCUCCGGAUCGGGGCCGCUGAUCUUCUCCGGCGGCAGCGGCGGAGGCGGGAGCACGGCGAGCUCGCCGGCGAGCAAUGUGCUUCCGGCGGGGAACAUAUGCCCCUCGGGGAGGAUCGGCAAGACGGGGAUGGCGCCGCGCGUCGCCGCGCGGAGCGACGUGCUCGGGUCGGGAACGGGUCAUUACGGCCACGGGAGCAUAAUGCGCGGCGGCGGGGCGAGCGUCGUCUCCGGAACCCCCCGCGACUCCGCGCCAGGCUCUCUUAGCCUGCAGGAGCUAACCAGAGCCGGGAACGAGCACUACAAGAAGGGGAAUUACGCCGAAGCGCUGAGGCUCUACGACCGGGCGGUGGCGUCGUGCCCCGACAACGCCUCAUGCCGGAGCAACCGCGCCGCAGCUCUCAUCGGGCUCGGCCGGCCGGGGGAGGCCGCAAAGGAGUGCGAGGAGGCCGUCCGGCUGGAUCCCGCCAACGCCCGAGCGCACCACCGGUUGGCCACCCUCAAUCUGCGUUUGGGGCUGAUUGAGAAUGCAAGGAAGCACUUCUCUUUGGCGGGUCAUGGUCAGCAUACCGACCCGGCUGAGUGGCAAAAGCUGCAAGAUGUGGAGAGGCAUUUAGGAAGGCUCACGGACGCGAGAAAGAUGGCGGAUUGGAAAAGCGCUUUACGGGAAGCCGACGCAGCAAUUGCUGCUGGAGCGGACUCUUCCCCAUUGCUCUUUGCGUCGAGAGUGGAAGCCCUUCUCCGCCUUCAUAGGCUCGAAGAGGCUGAUUCGACUCUAUCAAGUUCACCGAAAUUGGAGAGCUCAUUACCAUCUUCCUCGUAUACCAAGUUCUUUGGUAUGGUAACCAAUUCUUACAUUUACAUCGUCCAAGCCCAAGUUGAUAUGGCAUUAGGAAGGUUUGAGGCUGCAGUUGCGGCAGCAGAGAAGGCCAAGCAGAUAGAUCCUGCAAACAUGGAAGUGGCAAUGGUGGUGAACAAUGUGAGAUUGGUAGCAAGAGCGCGAGCCCGGGGGAAUGAGCUCUUUAAAUCCGCCAACUUUGAAGAAGCUUUUAUAGCUUAUGGGGAAGGGCUUAAGUAUGAGCCCUCAAACUCGGUCCUCUAUUGCAACCGAGCUGCUUGUUGGUCAAAGUUGGGGCAGUGGGAAAAAUCAGUCGUGGACUGCAAUGAGGCUCUCAGGUUCCAACCAAAUUACACUAAGGCCCUUCUAAGACGUGCUGACUCAAAUGCCAAGCUCGAGAGGUGGGUUGAAUGUGUUCGAGACUACGAGGUACUCAGAAAGGAGCUUCCAGGUGACACAGAUGUGGCCGAAGCCCUAUUCCAUGCUCAAGUCGCACUGAAAACAUCUCGCGGUGAGGAAGUAUCCAAUAUGAAGUUUGGCGGCGAGGUUGAGGAGGUGACUAGUGUGGAACAAUUCCAAGCUGCUACAUCUGUGCCUGGAGUUUCUGUUGUUUUUUUCAUGGCUACUUCGAACCAACAGUGCUCCCAGGUGGCCCCAUUCGUGAACACACUUUGCAGGCGGUACCCAUCUGCAAAUUUCCUCAAGGUUGAUACUAAUGAGAGUCCUCUUGUCGCAAAUGCCGAGAAUGUGAGGAUAGUCCCCACCUUUAAGAUCUACAAGAACGGCAUGAGGAUGAAAGAGAUGAUCUGCCCCAACCAACAGGUCCUCGAGUAUUCGGUGAGGCAUUACAGUCUCUAAAGUGUCGAAACCACUAGCGCCCCUAUGAGAUCGCCUUUGUGCCCCCUCCUUCCUUUAUAUCAGUUCACAUAAAUAUCAGGUCCCUUUAGCAUACCAGCUACAUAAUAAUUAAUUGAGCCAAUCCAUGAACCAGAGAGAUAAAGAAAGAGUCCCCAUUUUUUCCCCCCUUUUCUUUCCUUCAUGUAUCUUUUUCUCUUUUUUCGAUCCCUACCGACCUUCGUUUAUUCUUUUCCUCACGCAAGAUUAAGACCCCAUUUCCCUGUUUAACUAGGAUGCUCUUCAUUUUGUUCUUUACCUAAACCACCAUUAUCUUCUGCUCUAAAGGCUUAUUUGUACUAUUCAUUUAGUUCGGCGGCUAGAGAGAGAGAGAGAGAGAGAGAGAGAGAGAGAGAGGUGGUCAAGUAAAUUACAUGUAUAUAGGCUGUGUACCAAACACCAAGGUGUUGGGAGAUUGGAUUCGUGGUGGUAGUGGCAAUUGUGGUCAUUUUCGGUCCGAUGGGAAGGGUACCGGGGUUCGGUUUGUGGGUGUAGAGAGAGAACAGAGGGAGAGAGGAGGAUAAGAGAGAGAGAGAGGGGGGGAGAAGGGAAGAGUUGGUGUUAUUGAUGUCUUUGUUGCUGCUGCUGCUGCUGCUGAUACAUGCAUGUUACCAUUUCCAUGAAUAAAGAACUCAAUAUUCUUUCUCAUGUUA